GGGGGAGUGAGGGAGGGACGGAGGGUCGGAAUUGGGAAAGAGAGUGAGGGAGAGCUCGCAGAGUCGCAACAUCGGGGACGGCCAUUUUGCUGCGAGCGAGAGCAGAAUCCAGACGGGCCGCGAGACUAGAAAAGCCAUGGAAUGCUCGGGAGUAUGGCUUGCAACGAACGCAUCGAACGUAAUUAAGCGCAGGCUCAUGCCCGCAAUCGCUCGUCGUCUGGCUCGCCCACCUACUCUAACCUGGUCGGUCACGUCCGUUGCCGAGCAGAAGAAAGAAGAAAGAGAGGAAGGUGCACCGGCCUUCUUCUCCUGCUCUGCGGUUGGCUGCUGUCAGGCCCUGUUGGUCCCAUACCUGGGGCAGCAGCAGCAGCACGGGAGUCCUCAGUGGUAUGAUGAUGCACCGGGCUAUUUCGGGGAUCAUGUCAGGAGGCACACCGCAGGGCGCUUUGAAUAAAAUCUUCUCGUCACAUUUUCUUCGGUGAGGCCAGCCCCUUCUCCUGCAGCAUCUGGCGCAGGGAGCAGCAGGAUUCAGCCUUUUCGCGUGGCAGUUUGGUCGCGUGGCUGCCGCGGUAUUUUUGCCGGGCCGAGACAGGGAGGAAGGAUGUUGCUGUCAGUGCGCUCUCUUCUUGAUGGGGGUUAGGAGGGCGCGGGCUAAGACGUCGAGCGAGCGAGCGCGCCCGGGAGCAAUUUCGACGGAGGGGAACUCGAUAUCCUUCAUCUGCUCGGCAAGCGCGGUCGCUUCCCCGGCAAUUGUGUCGGCAGUCGAGCACGAAUCCAUCGUACUCAUCCAUGGAGGUCGCGACGAAAAUAUGGCACAAUUUGCCGGAGGAUUUGCUGAUGACGGUCCUCAAAUUCUUACCUCCCAAGAGCAUAGCUCGGUUCCGCGCGGUGAGUAGCGAUUGGCACAAGGUCCUGACGUGCGCGAGAUUCAUCUCGUCGUGCAUUCACAUGCGCGCCUGGCUGAUCCUGAAUGUGAAGGAUUCCAUCUACCACAAGGUGUUCACGCUGGAGCCCAGCAGCACCUGGUGCGAGCUGGGAUUCAUGUACCUGCCGUCCGCAUCGAACCGAAACCGAGUGGUGGCAGCAUCGGGGGGCCUGGUCUGCGUGCAGGCGGCGAAUGGAUCGCUGUUCGUGUGCAAUCCGUGCACGGGUGCGUGGACGAAAUUGCCCCCGCUCAUCUUCGGCGAGUACGAGUACCCCGUGAUCGGCAUGAUUAAAAGCCGCGACGAGCCGAGCUACCGAGUGGUGGUCACGGGCCUGAAGCACACGACGGAGGUGUACGAUUCCUCGACGCGCCAGUGGAGGCUGAUCCCGGGCGGCAAGCCGUCGCACGACUCGUGCACCACCUUCUACAAGGGCGUUCUGUACAGCGCCGGCAUCGCCAAAGUCCUGACCUACGACGUCGAGCAGGAGAGCUGGCGCGAGAUCGAGUACCCGGUGCCGUGGCCGCGCCUUUGCGCCAAGAGGAUCAGCGAGUACCAGGGCCGCCUCUUCCUGGUGGCCAGCGACAGCGAGGACCACGUCCUUACAGUCUGGACGCUCGAUGUCGCGGGCAGCAGCUGGAGCCGAGUGCACUCCCUGUCGCUCGACCGAGUGCAUCGGCUGCCGGAGGUGGACAGGCGGCUCAUUGUCGACGGGCACAGGAAUUUCGUCAUCUACGCGGGAUUCCGGAAAUUGAUGGCCUUCAGCCUCCUGACCAACAUGUGGUACCAAUUCUCCACGUACCCGAACGAUUUCCCUUUCAAUUUCUUCUACAAGCACACCAUCUUCCAGCUGCAGCCGUCGUUAGAGGCCGCCGUUUGAGCUUCUAGGGAGUCGCAGUCGGAUCGUCUCGCCUCGUCUCAGCUGAGGAUUCUCCUCUGGGCUUCCACAGAUGAGUUCAGGUAUGCAUUCACGCCACCGUUGGUUCUGCCGUCCGGAUUGUACCCAGCGGAGCCAUAAAAGCUGGAAACGGAACCCAUGCGCAUUAGCGGCGGCUGCCACAGAGUGAGGCUGUCUCCCAAAUCCCGCCAGGCGAAAGUCUAUUGCAAUUUCGCGCGAAGAAUCGGGAAACGCUCACGGUUCGACUUUUUCAUAUUCCUCAGUGGCAAGAGCUCGAGUACACUAAGAAGAUUAUUUCGCAUCCGGAGGUUCCAACGACGGUGUGGGUCGAACUCUAAUCGAUUGUUUGUGUGUCCAUUAGAUGGUUCUCCGGGCUGUGCUCUUGGGGUAUUUAUUAUUUAUUCUUGGGUCGGAAUGCCGAGCAUUCGAUCCGAACAUGAAGGCCGGUCAAUGAAGACGAAGGUGUCUCGGUAUAAACUCUCCCGACCCAUUGCGAGUCAUGCCUCCUCGUUCUCAUGGAAGAAAGUCGAUCAAGAGGCUGGUUUUGAGGAUGAUAUCAACGCGUGAGACGUCGAGGUGCAAUCCGUGCAUAAGCACACGCGAGAGUCUAUCCAACUAGUUUUAGGACCUAUGUAACCCCAUCAGCACAGAAUGGUUGCCGGACUCUCCGUUCGAGCUGGCCUUUGUAACAUUUCUUCAUCCAAUCAUUUGUAUAUAAACUUCGACCGACUCCUGUGGAAAGGCAGGGAUCUGUCUGGAAUCACUGAAGAUUUGAGUGCUGCUUUGGAUUCAGCUCCAUCUCUCCCCUCGUGACGCGAAAAUCCAUGCAUGCCAUUCUCUCUUGCUCCGACGAGCAGUUAUUCCACCCCCGGACACGAGAUGUGAAUCUUACACGUCACGGCGACCGUAGUAACACGCACAAGAGAAGGAAAGAAAGAAAUGAUGACCUACUGCUACUCAUGAUUCUCGCUGCACUCCACGGCAGGCAAGUUGCGGAGUGUGCACGCACAACCUUCUUCUGGAUCAGAUGGUUCGGGUGUGAGUCGGCACCAGAUGAGAAGAGGCUGGCUCAAGAAGGAACGAACGAGCCCCCGCAACGUGGUUAACGUAAAUGACAGUCAGAAGAGGAAGGGUGACUCGUCUGCGCAGCCAGAGCCAAUUUUGCUGCAUCGACCGGUCGGCCACACACUCUUUGUCCCGGCGGGCUACUAAGGCCACGAGACAGACGUGUCUCUCCUGCCCUGUUAGUGAGUCUGUCUGUCUCGACAGUCACUGUUCUUUAUGAGUACAUCUCCAAUCGUCCCCUGGCCUUACGAGGUUCAAAGUCCAGAGUAUGUAGAGGCGCCACUUGCCACUUGUGCGUGUGCGUACUCGACUAGACACCUCUCGCGCUUCCCUUGAGGAUCAGAGUGCUAAAGUAUGCCCCUGAACUUUUUCGCGGCUCUGAUGAGCCGCCCUCCCAUCUCUCUCUCUCUCUCUCUCUCUCUCUCUCUCUCUUCAGUGCAACGAGGAACAGGGUACAGAGUAGUACUUGAUAUCAGGCAGGCAGUACUUCAUAUCCUGAAUCCCAGAGUUGCAGACGGCUGGCGCUGGUUAGAUGUGCUGUCCAGCACUCAGCCGGCUGCUUCAGCGCAAACAAAUCGAAUUUCUCGGGAAAGGGAGGCUGUACCACUCUCUCACAGUUCACUCUUGUCGCAGACCCACCUGCACAAAUCUUGUUACAUUCGACCUUUACCACUCUGCGCAUCCACAUGGAU